UAUAGGUUCGGUAUCAUCUACCUCACUUUCUUCUCUUGCCAUAUAACUCCCUGUGUCCGCCACCGUUCAUCCCUCCCCCACCGUUCAUCGUCGCCGUGCUCCUCCUCCAUCCACUGUCCCGUCUUGCCCCACUCUUCCUCCGUCCUCCACUCUCCCUCACCAUAGCCGUCGUGCUCUCCCUCUCUUUGUCUUCUCCGCGGUGCUUCUUCUUCCUCACCAUGGGUGCUAGCGUCCAUUUCCAGGUUUCGUCCUCUUCGCCUUAGCUCCCUCCAUCUCCGAACCCCUUCACUAUAGUUUUCCACCAUUUGUUACCCUUAGCUUCUUCAAAUUGCAUCAGCCGUUCCCCUGUUUUUCGUGAUCCCCACCAUCGUUCUCAUAACCGCCUCAGUCUUCCCCAUUGCUCGCCUUCUCUUCUUCUUCAUCACUGAAUCGACCGCAUUCCACUCCAUUCCACUUCGUUUCUUGGGUAAUUUUUGUGGGGUUUUUCGUUUUGUUCCUCCGUUUGCUCCGUCCGUCAGGUAUGAACUUUGAGUCACAUUCUUUUUCUUUUCCUGUUCUGCGUGCAACCUGUUGGGAUUUUGAGUUUACUUGGCAGUAAUCUGCUGUGAUGUUUAAGAGUUUGAAUUUUUUUUUUUUUAGUUUUUCAGUUUAGUCUGUUUUAAUAAAUGUUGGCUUUUAAUUUUUGAUUGCUGCUUUGAUUUGGCACUGCAAUUGAAUGUUGUUCUGUCAACUGACUUGAACUUGAUUUGUUCUGUACAAUAAUGCUCUGAGUUGGUGCUGAAGAUGGGCUGUUCACCUGAAUUUCUGACUCUGUGAUUAUAUUAGGUCCACUUCUUCCAUGGACGCAGGUGGGUUCAUGUUUUCUUGCUGGAUGGACUUAGCUGAGGAGCAGAAAUUUGAAUCAAGCACACUGUUAAAAUUCACGUGGGGAAACUGAAGGAUAGAGCAGGCGAAGAAGAAGCAAAGAAGAAGAUAAACCUUCUCUCAAGAAAUUUCUCAAUUUUUGUUUUUUCAUGUUUGGAAGAAGCAAGCAUGUCAGUUCUCCAACUGAAUGCCCCCAACCUUAAUUUUCCCUCCAUCAUGGACUCCUCCGAUGUUUUCUAUGUUAAUAAACAACCAAAAAGCGCAUUUCCUCAGCCCAUUACAGCACCACCUCCACAUCCCCCAUCUCUUCUCUCCUACUUGUUCUUAGACUCUGUAACUUAUACCAAAUUAAUUCAAUCAUCCGCUAAAACUGGAUCUCUGAUACAUGGAAAACUUGCCCAUGCACACAUGAUCAAGACUUCCUUCCAACCCUGUUUAUUCUUGCUCAACAAUCUUUUAUACAUGUAUAGCAAAUGUGGUGAAUUAUAUAAUGCUCAAAAUCUGUUUGUCAAAAUGCCCAAACGCAAUAUCGUUUCAUAUAACUCUUUGAUUUCUGGCUAUUCCCAGACAGGUAUGCAUGCUAAGGUCAUGCAUGCUUUUGGUCAGGCCAGAAUGGAUGGUCUUAAACUUGAUAAGUUUACCUAUGCGGGCGCUCUUGGAGUUUGCGGUCAUGCUGGGGAUGCACGACUUGAUUGAGCAGGCGAGAUUGUUGUUUGAGACUUCCACAGUCCUGGACGAAGUUUCUUGGAAUUCAAUGAUUGCUGGUUAUGUUCGAUUAGGUGUCAAUGAUGAGGUUUUCAAACUCCUAAUGAAAAUGCACCGAUCUGGAUUGA